AUGUGCCGCGCCGUCACCUGCCUUAGCUACUGCAUCGCCGUCACGACCAAGUCGCUCGUCUUCGCAGCCGAAGCCUACCCGAAGCUCGAAGCGCCUCUUCGCUUCCUCGACCUCGUCUCGCUACGCAUCCGGCGCGGGACUUUGCGUACCGACCCUGCCGUGCCGGAUACUCUCGAAUGCGUGCCACUCGAGGUGUGGGAUGGAAUCCGCUACGAGCUAAUCAAGCUCGAGCAGGAGGAGGCGGAGCGUCUUAUUGGUGCGAGGGUGAUCUGCGCAGGCUGUCUGGAAGACAGGCAGAAGACGAGUCCUACGCGCAAGCUGACGUGGGAGAUACGGAUGGGAGACGAAUUUUGCGAUGACUGCUAUGACCUGGCGGUGGAUUACGAUGGCAUCCAGGAAGCCUCGAUUUACAACACCGUCGUCGAAUGCAUGCUUCCCCAGUUUCGCUUACGCAUGCCGACGGACAUUCCAGUUCACAACGACUUCGACAGACCACUAGCUAUUAUCGCCCAAGAUCCCGAGACAGCCAUCUGGAUCACAACCGGCAGCAUAUCCGACACCCCUUGCACCUCCGUGUGCGAGGAUUUCGACGGCGAUGAGAACGCCAACUAUCAGCAGAGCAUCGUGGACCUCGAACCGAUGCUUCCGCCAGCCGACGCUGAUGCGCGUUUUGCUGCAUUUGUCUCACGCUUCCACCUCGAGCCCGUCGAAAUCUUUGACAAGCCAUUCCGCCCGAGGAAGAAUAACCGCGUCGGCAGAUCGAGCAAACAUGUCGUUCUCGACGAGGGUGGCUCGAGGGUCUUCCGUCGCGGCAGGCUGUGCCCCGCAUGGCGCCUCUUCACAACGUGUUUGGGGGAAUGGUUCUGA